CUUUGGACUUUAAUAAAAAAAUACUGAGAUGUUAACAUGAUCUGUAGAUUUGUUUUUUUACUCUUUGUGCAUAUUGGUUGACAUUAGAACAAAUUACAGAUGAUACUUUUGAGUUUACAGCCCCUAAAAAAAAAUAACAGAGAUUUAUUUAAUCUCUAGGAUUUUGAAGAAGGUUGUUUCUUGCUUACAAAAUGUGGAGCCAUUCAAGAUACACCACAGCAAAUUUUUGUCACAGAGAAAGGAAACACAAUAAUUACUUUCUUGAGUGUGAUGUUUAAGCCAUUUGUAGAAGGUUAUCAGAUAAUCUGCAAAUACCUUUUUAAUGAAACAAAUGAAGCCUUUACUGAGAAGCACUUUAUAUUUGGAGUCCGAAGCCUUGCUUCCCAGCUUCUGGAGACAGGGAGUACUCAGUGUUAUGAGGUCCUGUCUUCUGAUAUGCAGAAAAAUGCUUUGGCUGCUUUUGUGCGACUAGGCAUGGUGGACAGAAUGAAAACGGUUGAUGGAUUCACUUACAUAGUAAACAAAGAAUCCCUGGCUAAGACGGCAGGAAUAUUUGAAUCUAGGAUACCUGUGAGGAACGCAAUGACUGCAAGGCUUUAAUCGGAGAAGGCUACAAUGGCUUGUCUUUAUGUACACUGUUAAUGGUGGAGCCCGGUUGGAAAUGAGGCUUGCAGUGGGGAAAAUGUUAUUGAAGACUACAAAAUACCCUUCCCACCUCGACAUGUUUUUGCUACACUGUGGUGGUGAAGAAUUCCAGAAGUCAAACUGUUUACACCAUCACCUGAUGAACUUUAUCGGCGUUAAUGCUUAAGAGUCUUUGUGCAUUCAAGUUCCCUGCAGUAAAUAUCACCUGACUCCCUCUUUCAUCCAGAUAUUAAUAUUUGAAUAGUAAUAUCUGAAAUGUUUGUCAUGAUAACAAGACGAUUGCUUUUAUAUGGUUGCUUUGUGGUUGUGAAAAAAAAGUAAGCUAAGGUUAUAUAACGUUGAAAGCAAUAUUUAAAGAAAAAAAUGAUUGCCAUUGUAUUUAUGAAGAGAUUAAUCUGUUCAAUGGAAAUUAAUUCCCACAAAAUGUUAAUGACGUAACUGAUUUUUAAAAAGGUGGUAUUUGCAACUCUUGGAAUAUUAAAAACUAACACAGGA